UUACAGUUGUUAAUUAUAGUGAAUUCUUGUAGACUUUAUAAUAAACAUGGAAUCACACUUGGACGAGGUAAACAACAACAGAAAUAUGGGUAUAACAACGCUAUUGGAGGAUACUGUUAAAAACAGAAAUUUGGAUCAAAUCACUUCACUUAAAUUACAAGUUCCUAUGUCUGUAAACCGUUUGUGUAUGUUGGGUACAUAUGUACCAAAUUUGGUGGAGCUUGAUUUAACAGACAGUUUUCUACCGUCCUUCAGAGAUUUUGCAUUUAAACUUGAUAAUUUGAAAGUUCUAAAAGUAGCCUCAUGCAACCUAAAGUCAUUGGAUGGAGUUUGGAACAUACCAAACUUGGAAGAGUUAUUCGCAUCUGACAAUGAUAUUAGUGACCUAAUGCUAUGCUCUACACUGGUUAAACUCAUCACUCUAGACUUAUCUAGAAAUAAAAUCAUGGAUUUGACAAGGUUACAUUUCUUAAACUUUUGCGAACAAUUACAAUCUUUAUCUUUGUCGGGAUGUCCAGUGACUAAAGUUGAAAAUUUUGAGCAAAAUGUUCGCAACAUUUUACCAAACCUGAAUCAUUUUAAUGGAAAUCAAACUUUAGAAAUUGAACAAGAUAAACCCAAAUUAACUAUUCAAUCAAUAGUUUGUGGCAAUAUUACUGCUGCAUUACGAAGUAGAAAAACCAACCACAGUGGAAAUAAGGAUGUACAGUUUGGAGAUAUACAUAAGUUAUCAAAUGAAGACAAGAAGUAAAUAAAUUCUAUUCUAAAAUAUAGAACAAUUUUAAAUUACAUAACUAGUU